AUUGGCUUCUACGUAACCAUUGGUCCUAUAUUACCAAUCCCCCACUCUCCUAUCCUCCCCUUCUCUCAGACCAAUUCCGCCCUCUCCUCUCCAACUCCAUUCCAACUCCCUCUCUUCCUCUUUGAUUCCCUUCUUUUGGUCUCUCCUCCCUAUGGCUUCCCCCACUGGGAGUUUAGAGAACUCGGCCAAUUCUCGGCCCGCCGCCUUCUCCUUCCCGACCACUUCCUUCUCCGAGCUCCUCUCGGGAGCUGGAAAUGAUGAUGGCGAGGACUGGUUGAUGACCGCGGUCACCUGGGGGCUAUCUGACAAUAUGGGGAACGGUGGAGCAGGUGGACCGAAGUUUAAGUCCAUGACUCCUCCUCCACUGCCCGUCUCUCCACCUCCUCUCUCUCCAUCCUCAUACUUUGCCAUUCCGCCCGGCCUCAGCCCAAGGGAGUUCUUGGACUCUCCUGUUCUUCGUUCCUCUGAAUCUGAUAUUCUGCAAUCUCCAACAACUGGUACUUUUCCUUCACAAGUGUUUAAUUGGAGGGGACCUGCUGCUAAUUAUCAGCAAGGCAUCAAAAAAGAAAAUAAGGCCCACUCUGAGUUCUCCUUCCAAACCCAAGCAAGUAACGGAGACAUGCAAACAACAUCCUUCCACCCUUCUUCAAUGCCAAUUUCUUCGCAUGAAAAAUCAUGGAAUUACCAACAACAGAGCGACAAUACCAACGUGAAAGCCGAAUUAGUCGCUCCCAGCCGAGCAAAUUAUUCUGGAAUUCUCCAGGCUAAUACCCAAGCUAACAAUGGUGGGCAGCAAUCUAAUUUCAGUCAUUCUACUCAAGCUGCUCAAACCUUAAGAGGGCAGGGGACGUUAGACGACGGCUACAACUGGAGGAAGUAUGGGCAGAAGCCGGUGAAAGGAAGCGAGAACCCUCGCAGUUACUACAAGUGCACUUUCCCGAAUUGCCCGAGAAAGAAGAAGCUGGAGAAGUCAUUAGAUGGACAGAUCACAGAGAUUGUGUAUAAGGGUGCUCACAACCACCCAAAGCCCCAGUCCACCAGAAGGAACUCAGCUUCCUCUCAAGCUUUCCAGGCUUCAGGUGCUUCUGAAGCAUCUGAUCAUUCUUUGGGGGCGCAAUCGGGUGCGCAAACUGACUCUGUUCCGACACCAGAAAAUUCUUCAGUCUCUUUUGGUGAUGACGAUCUCGAUGUUAGUAAAUCGGGUGCCGAUGAAUUCGAUGAAGAUGAACCAGAUGCCAAGCUUUGGAGGAAAGAUGGUGAGAACGAGGGGAUUUCAGCCUCAGGCAAUAGGACAGUGCGGGAGCCUAAAGUGGUGGUACAAACCACAAGCGAUGUCGAUAUCCUUGAUGAUGGGUAUCGGUGGAGAAAGUAUGGGCAGAAAGUGGUCAAGGGGAAUCCAAAUCCAAGGAGCUACUACAAAUGCACCACCCUGGGUUGCCCGGUGAGAAAGCAUGUGGAGAGGGCAUCCCAUGAUCUCAGAGAAGUGAUCACAACCUACGAGGGCAAGCACAGCCACGACGUUCCUGCUGCUCGUGGAAGCCGAGUCCGUAGGCCUCUGACAGACGACAAUAGCAGCGAGAAUAACUUCACCAUGGCUAUUAGACCAGCGGCAAUGGUGAAUCAUCCUAAUCAAAUGACGGAUAUUUCUCUUUUUGGUGGUAGACCAAAUGCUUCUGUGAGCCAGGCUCCCUUUACAGUCGAGAUGCUGCAAACUCCAGGGAGCUAUGGAUUCUCUGGGUUUGAUAACUUGAUGAAUUCUUACAUGAAUCAACUGGAGCAGCAGCAACAAGGACAGAUGGAGGGUGUCUUCUUAAAAGCUAAGGAAGAACCAAGGGAUCGAUGACUUGCUUCAUGAGUCGUGCUAUGAUGAAUUUUUGUAAGGAGAAAGAGCAAUGGAUACGGUACUAUUAGUUAGGAUUCCCCUUGUAUGCUUUAUAGGGUUUUCGGUGUAAAUUGAGUUGAGAGGUAUGGAAGAUUUGAUCUCAUUUUUUUCAUUUGUUUUGAGGUCUUUCAAGCCACAAAUGAGACCUCUUUUUUGACGUACAGUAGCUCCAUUAGCUGCUUGUCAAUCUCGAGCUUUUAAUGUGUAGGAACCUCUGGGACAAGCUUGACAAGCUUGAUUAGUCUGUUGCAAGUGUUGCGGAACUUUUGCGUAUAUAUAUAUCACAAAUGGCAUUGCUUGACUAAAUAUAAAAUUGUAUGAUGUGUAUAAGAACUUUGGUUAAUGAUUAACUAGCAUUAACAGCCA